CAAUAGAGUAGGGACGGGUGUAUGGAGUUUGGGAGUAGAAAUUUGUGUUGAGAGUUUCUCUCUUGGAAGCAAAAAUGGGGAGAUCUAGAUCAUGUCUGAGCACAACCCUGGUCUUCGUGGUGUUCGAGCUGUGUUUGGUUCGCUGUGAUAUCACCGACGGAAACGCGGAACAUCUGAAGAGAGAGCACUCGUUAAUGAAGCCGUACCAAGGUGUUGGCAGCAGCCCCUCCAGUCAGUGGGACUUCUCGGGAAGCACUUUGGUCACAAGCUCAUAUGUGCGGCUCACUCCGGACGAGAGGAGCAAGCAGGGAUCCAUCUGGAAUACUGUGCCUUGUUACCUGAAGGACUGGGAAAUGCAUGUGCAGUUCAAAGUUCACGGGUCAGGAAAGAAGAAUCUUCAUGGUGAUGGCAUUGCGAUCUGGUACACGAAGGAUCGGCUGCAUCCAGGCCCUGUGUUUGGAAACAAAGAUCAGUUUCUUGGCCUGGCUAUUUUUUUGGAUACCUUCCGCAAUGACCUCCAUGGGAUGGAUAGGUCCUUCCCGUAUAUUUCGGCCAUGAUCAACAACGGCUCGGUCAGUUACGACCACGGGAAAGACGGGCGCUCGUCGGAGCUGGGGGGCUGCUCGGCCGAGAUCAGGAACCGGCAGCACGACACCUACCUCGCCAUCCGCUACUCCAAAGGAAGACUCACCGUAAUGGUCGACGUGGACGACAAGAACGAGUGGAAGGAGUGCAUCGACAUCGGAGGCGUCCGUCUUCCCACCGGGUACUUCUUUGGCGCCUCGGCAGCUACUGGAGAUCUUUCAGAUAACCACGACAUCAUCUCCAUGAAGCUCUACCAGCUGAUGGUCGAACACACUCCAGAAGAGGAGAACUUGGACUGGACAAAGAUCGAGCCCAGCGUCAGCCUGCUCAAGUCCCCGAAAGAUAACGUGGACGAUCCCACCGGGAACUUCCGCGGCACGCCGCUGACGGGCUGGAAGGUCUUCCUGCUGCUGCUGUGCGCCCUGCUGGGCAUCGUGGUGUGCGCCGUGGUGGGAGCCGUGGUCUUCCAGAAGAGACAGGAGAGGAACAAGAGGUUUUACUGAGCGAGGAGGAGAAGCGGCGUCUGUGGUGAAACGGACUGUUUCCAGUGUUUCCAGAUGACAGAGCGAUCGAGCACAUGCAAUGUGAAUUUUUUUUUUUUUUUUUUUUUUCUCUCUCCUUUUCUAAAGAUUGUACAAAUGUUUAUAUCUUUUGAAGCACUGUGUGUCAGGAGUGAAUUAUUUCAACUUGAUGAGCAAAAAAAAUGUGGUGGUGAGCAUCAUGAAUGACCUGAAAUGCAGAUUUUUCUUUUUUUUUCUUUUUUUUUUUUUGUCUUUCUGUCCAUCAAGCAGGAUUAUCAUGAUGUUUUUCAAAUUCUUACGAGAACAUUCUAUCCUACUCAUUGAUCAGCCAGACAUCUCCGGCCAUAUUCACUUCUCUUCUUUUCUACUGCAGCUGAGAAGAAAUAAUGAAUUUAGGUAGAAAUUGAGGGGUUUUUUUGUGUCUUCCAAGCUGUUUUACUGUAUUUAAUGGAAGAAGGAAGUAGCUUCACCUCGUCUGCAGUUCACGGUGAGGAUUGUUUGUUUCUGCUCUGCUGAAGCACCACAGUCAUGAGGAAACAUCCUGGUUAGAAUGCGGAAGAACCAGCUCUCCUUCAGUUCCUGUGUUACUGUGGCCACUCAGUUUGAGCAUUCGUACGAAGUGGCUAGCCUUAAAAAAAAAAAAAGACUGAAUAUAUUAAGAAUCUAAAACAGCCGAUGUUGGAAUUCUUAAGUAUUUUCCCAAUAUUAUUAAUUCUGCCAUCAGACAGGCCCAUAAAAUGAUUAAUACUUGACAAUAAAAAGCCACAGUAUGCUGUAGUGUUCAGCACUCCUGCCUCAAAAUGAGAAAAUCCCAGUGUGACUCUGUGUGGAGUUUGCAUGUUCUCCCUGCUCAUGAAUGUGCGAGUGACCGCCUCUCACCGUUUGCCGUGCGAUAGUCCACUUUAGUCAGCUGGAUGGAGGGAUGGAUAAAUAAUCUUCACAACAUAAGCUCAACAUGUUUUUAAACUGAUGAAUUGCAAGUUUGUCUGUGCCACUGUAAUGAGCAGAGGUGUGAACAUGUAGGAUCAACUUCUAGAUCUCUGCUGUUUGGUGUAAAAGCUGUGUGUGAACAUCAGUAUUGCUAUUUAACCAAAUAAGCAGAACGUGCAUCAAGAGAAAAGCUGUUUUGGUUAAAAACCAUCGUACGAACACCACAUUACUGAGUGACUUCUAUCGUUCUCUUCUAUUGACGUUUCAGUUUCUGGAGGUUGAGCUCUUCGUUUGCCUGCUUUGCUCUUGUCACGCACCCAGCUCUGCUCGGUUCCGCCUCAUAACUGUCCCGCUGUUAUCACAGAUCUGGAUCAUUUCAUGCUGAAUUCAUCAUUUUGUUUGAGAGGAAGUUGAAUUCCUCCUUUUCAAACUGUUCAAAAAAUAUACAGAACUGAAAAGUUGAUUGUUUUGAUGUUAUUUCUACAUUCAUGACAUUAAGACUAAAAUGUUCAGCCUUGUUUUUACAUUUUACUUGUGAAAUUUAUGGCCUCUAGUUGAAAACAUUAGAGAAAGAUUUGAAUCUUUUGAAAUAUUUUGUGAUACUGUUUGGAUUUUCUUGACUUAAAAGGAAAAAUGAUAAAGAUAAACGGCUUGAAAUGUAGCCGGAAUCGACAUUUUGCUGAUUGAUUAAAGAUAAUUCAAACCUCGAUUAUUUUAGAAUGAGAUCGGAAGUGAAAUCACUUUACUGCUGCAGCUUCAGCCUCUUCCAUAACCAAAGAACCAAUAUAUUAAAAUAUUUUCACUUUACCGACAGAGAAAUAAGAUCAGAGAGGGAGUCGAGGUGAUCGGAGUGAAGUGUGGAUAUGAAACAAAAACUCAUACUUCAAAAUCCACAAUUUCAAAUACCCAUCUGCAUAAAGUACUUUUCUUUUCAAGGUGACGUUUCCUCAAAGCCUUUCAAAUCUGAAUGUGACAUACAUCCUUUGGGCUUUUAUCCUUUUCUUUUAUUUUUUAAGUGUUUUCACCUCAGUGAUUCUGAGGCAGCAGUGGAGCGUUUGUUCACUUUACCAGUGACAGUCCGUUACCCCCUUUACCUUCUCUCUCCACCUUCAUCGCCGUCAUGUUUCUGUUUGCGUCCACCUCUCUGCACCUUUAAGCCACUGUCAAGUGAAUGGAUUUGAUACUUGAUUGUUUGCAUAUCCGGGUUUUUACCGUCUUUCAGUUUGAAUUUUCAGUCUCUGCUCUUUUGCUGUGUUUUCUUCUGUCACAUCAGUUCCCUUUGUGAUGAGAUUUGAAAUAGAACAGCUCCUCUCAUCCAAAAUUGUGACCUAAUAAAUAAAUAAAGAACAAAAACUGAA